UACUGGACUUGGAAGGGAUUCCUAAACACUUCCUUGCUUAGUAAUUUAUUUUCCUUUUGCCCAGGGUGCACGCAACCCUCAAGCACUAGGACCCUGCGGAAUCCAGGCCGCGAUGGCACCUCUGUUCACCGUCAGAAUCCAGUUGCUGCUCCUGCAGGCUGUUGGCUUUCUCAUAGGUCUCGUUGGCCAAGCCGUUCGAGCCUUUGGCGGCCCCAGGUUUAGCUCAAGGACGACCAGGCCUGUGACUGAACCAUUACUCCUGCUUUCUGGGGUGCAGCUGGCCAAGCUGAUCCGACAGAGGAAGGUGAAAUGCAUAGAUGUUGUUCAGGCUUAUAUCAACAGAAUCAAGGAUGUGAACUCAAUGAUCAAUGGAAUUGUCAUGUACAGGUUUGAGGCGGCUAAGAAGGAGGCUCAUGCUGUAGAUAAAAAGCUUGCAGAGAAUCAGGAAGAUGAAGCCACCCUGGAAAAGAAAUGGCCCUUUCUUGGGGUUCCUUUGACAGUCAAAGAAGCUUUCCAGCUAAAAGGAAUGCCUAAUUCUUCUGGCCUUGUGAGUCGUCGUAAUGCCAUUUCCAAAACAGAUGCCACUGUAGUAGCUUUACUGAAGGAAGCUGGUGCCAUUCCCCUUGGCAUUACCAACUGUAGUGAGCUGUGUAUGUGGUAUGAAUCCAGUAACAAGAUCUAUGGCCGAUCCAACAACCCAUAUGACUUACAGCGUAUUGUAGGUGGAAGUUCUGGUGGUGAGGGCUGUACCCUGGCAGCUGCCUGCUCUGUGAUCGGUGUGGGCUCUGACAUUGGUGGCAGUAUUCGUAUGCCUGCAUUUUUCAAUGGCAUAUUUGGACACAAACCUUCCCCAGGUGUGGUCCCCAACAAGGGUCAGUUUCCCAUGGCUAUGGGAGCCCAGGAACAAUUUCAGUGCACUGGCCCAAUGUGUCGCUAUGCUGAAGACUUGGCUCCCAUGCUGAGGGUCAUGGCAGGACCUGGGAUCAAAAAGUUAAAACUCAAUGAUAAGGUAAAUUUAAAGGAUUUGAAAUUUUACUGGAUGGAACAUGAUGGAGGGUCAUAUUUAAUGUCAAAAGUGGACCAAGAUCUCAUUCUGGCUCAGAAGAAGGUUGUAGCUCACCUGGAAACCAUGUUAGGAGUUUCAGUCCAACAUGUUAAACUGAAGCAAAUGAAAUAUUCUUUUCAGUUAUGGGUCACAAUGAUGUCUGCAAAGGGACAUGAUGGGAAGGAACCUGUGAAAUUUGUGGACCUGCUUGGUGACCAUGGGAAGCCUAUCAAGCCUCUGUGGGAACUGAUCAAAUGGUGUCUGGGCCUAUCAGUACACACCAUCCCUUCCAUUGGACUGGCCUUGUUGGAAGAAAAGCUCAAAUAUAACUAUGAGAAAUACAGAAAAUUUAAGGCAGUAGAAGAAAGCCUGCAUAAAGAACUGACUGAGAUGCUAGGUGAUGAUGGCAUCUUCUUAUAUCCCUCCCAUCCCACAGUGGCUCCCAAGCACCAUGUUCCUCUGACAAGGCCUUUCAACUUUGCUUACACAGGUAUCUUCAAUGCCCUGGGUUUACCUGUGACUCAGUGCCCACUGGGUCUGAAUGCCAAAGGACUUCCUCUAGGUAUCCAGGUCGUUGCUGGACCCUUUAAUGAUCACCUGACCCUGGCUGUUGCCCAGUACUUGGAGAAAAGUUUUGGGGGAUGGGUCUGUCCUGGAAAGUUUUAGUGGGGUCUUCCCAAGAUGUAUUUGUGUGUUUUUAUAGGUUGGGUGAAAUCAAGCACCAAAAACCAAGUAGAGGAAAAAAAAUUGAGUAUUUAUUCAUUUGUUCAGUUAUUCUUCCAAUCUUAUUUCCUUCACUAAUUAUUGUCCUUACUAACAUAGUAAUAUGUGACUCCUGCCUUCAGCUUACUGGAGAAGUUGGACAUGUAAAUGAACAUGUGCAAUGAAGUUUCCUAAAUGCU